AUGGCAAACACAUCGGAACCCAUCUCUUCGCCAGAAGUCGAGGGUGAACAGCUAAUUCGUCGAUCUUCCAGGCGGAAAACUCUCGACCCAGAUCGUACCACACAGAUCGGCGAGUCGAGUAGAUCGGCUUCCGAAGUCCCACCACGCCUUGUUCGCUGUUCUGCAGGAACUUCAUCUUCACAAGUAUUACCGCCGCCAUCAAUUCGUCCUAAAGAGGAAAGCACCGAACUGACUCAAGACGUACUGUCACAAGAGGAAGAUCGGUUUGUUCCCUUAGGACUCUUGAUCGAAGAUAUCGAUCCCUUAUUUGACCAUAAAGGGCAGAUUGGUGGUGAAAAGAGUUUGAGUUCGUCCAAAACCGUGAACGACAUGCUUAACUCAUGCGGUUUAUUCAACAGCGAAGUCACAAUUCUGAUUCCUCGAGAGGACCAACGCCCUUGGAACCCUCCGGAAGGGUACAUAUGUCUAUACGAAUGUUACUUUACCGAAUGUGGCCUCCUAUUCCCAAUCCCUGCGUUGAUAUCGCUCUACGCCCAAAGAUGCAGGAUAGCGAUCUGCCAAUUCGUCCCCGGAGCUAUUUGCAAUUUUAUGGCUGCCCUCACUGUAGCAGCCGAAGUCGGGGUUAAUAUUGGAGUUCAAUGUUUCGAACAGCUAUCCAAUUUUAAAUUGUCAAAGAGUUUACACCGCUGGGAAGUGAAUAUGAGGCCGGCGCACAAUUUUCUUGUCGGUAAAAGAGUGAGCAAAUUCCAGAAGUGGAUGAACCGCUACUUCUAUGUCCGCGUCGAUCAGUACUCACUCGCUAACCCAUUGGGUGUUCAUCGGAGAGUGUGGAAUGAAAAUCCUGAUCGUCCAUUCUGCGCGACGCGGCUAGCUCCAAACUACCAUCCCGUCAGAGACGCUCUAUUAACCGGAAACAAUCGUCAGUGGGAGUUCAUCACCCGUAUCCGUGUUGAAACAGCGAUGGGCAAACCCAGGACGACGUUCCCAAGUUUUGCUAGGUCGCUAGGACGAACUGCGGAACCUACCGGGGCACGUGUCCUUGAAUCGGACAAUCUCCAGAUAGUUCGCCGUGACACUCAGGCUGCCAUUGAAGCUGAUAUCGACCCAUCUCAAAGUCGAACUGAAAUCGAUCCCAUCCCAGACAAGACCGAAGUUGAUCCUACUCAGGAUCCUGGAGAAAAUGUCAACACAAUCGAUGUCGCGGAAGAAGAUAUUCUCCCUUUGGCCCUAGAGAAUGCCAAUCUUUCGACCGAGGAACAAGAUGUCCCGCAAGUUGAAGCUGGUUCCAAAAGAAGGAAAAAGAAAAAGAGGCAAACCGGAAAAAAUCCAGUCGCUGAGCCACAACCGGUAGUGAACCGUAAACGCUCAGCGGAAGAAGCUGGACUGGAAUCUGCCGAUCGAUUUCGCCUGGGAAGGAGAAAUGAUAAAACAGAUCGCUUUUCCUAUCAUUACUUCGGCGACUAUCCUCUGGUGACCAAUCGUGAAGCCUCGGGCGAGCUCUUCCGAACCCUGAAGACCUCCAGUCGAAUCCUUCCGUCGGCGGACGAUCUUGAAUUUAAACAGGCGUUCCUCGAUGUAGCUGAGUGCCACCUAAUGACUGCCGCCAAGAUGAACACGCUGAAUCAAUUAUACGAUAUGCGUGCCAAAUCCAGUAAGAAAUCUGGAUUGGAGCUCGAAAAGGUGAAAGAAUGCGCAGAGCAAAUCCGGAUUGCCAGCGACGCCAAGGAUGCAAGGAUCAAAGAGCUCGAGGCGCUUGUUGCCGAAAAAGACGGUAUCAUUGCCAGCUCCGAGCUGAAGAUUAAUGAACUGAACUCCCAAGCGCUUACUCUCGAAGAAGAGAAGAACGAACUGCAGGAAUCAUGCGACGGGUUAAAGGUUCAGCUCAACUUUGAAGUCAAGAGACUCCGGCGAGAUCGUUGGGAGAAGGUGGAGCGAACAACAAUGAAAGCGCAGACUCGACUGGAUAAGGUUAAGGCCUAUCUACUCGAACAGGAGAAACUUCGUCCCCUGGAGGAUCUGCUAAACCAAGCUUCCGGGAUACAGGAAACGGUACAAUAUUUGGUCGAAAAUGGGGCCAUCAUCCCGCCGGAGCAAAUCAAGGAGAUUGACGAGAAAAAGGCCGAAGCUGAGGAGACUGUCAAGGCGAUCGAUGUCCUUGAUCUGAAUGAAAAAGAUCUCAACAUGUCCCCGGAUCAACUUGGCUAUGGAUUUCCCCCCCCCCCGGAACGACGGCUCCAGAGUCCGUCCAGCAUCCGCACGGUUCCAAUGCCGAUAGCUUUCAGGCCGAUUUGA